GUUUGUCCGAGUGGUGCGGCUGUAGGCGGAACCAGUCCCAGCUCCACACAUCCGCCUGAUCCCUGGGCAGUAAAAUAUAAACGUCUUAUAUCGCAGAAACCCUUUUACUGUUCCAUAGCUCCCCGGCUUCUUCUUCUGAUCGCAUACAGCUUCCUCGUACCUCAGGCUCCCACCAGAUCUCCCAAUAAUUGUCUAAAUAUCAGCGCGUCGUACCAUGGCAGACCUAUAUGAUGUAGUACUUGGAGAAGGGAGGACACGAAGCUAGAAGAAGAUGGCGUUGGCAAGGAGUAUGAUGCGAAGGGCGGUAGUGGCAUGGCAGAAGGAAGCAGGAAACAGAAUUCCAUCAACAACGAGGGCUGUUAAUACUGCAAUGAAUGACAACUGCCCAAUUCUAAUAUCUCCAUCUCUAGUCUCACUAGACCUCGCUGAGAUUUGGCCUACUAAUUCCACCACCCACGAUUUUCCAUUGACCUGUAAAUGCUCUGAUGAGCAAACUGCUGCAAUAAUUGACGGAAAGUCCAUCGCAGAUGAAAUUACGUUAAGAAUAGCUUGCGAGGUCAGGAGGAUGAAGGUGUCCAUUGGAAAGGUUCCUGGAUUGGCUGUCAUUUUAGUGGGCCAAAGAAGGGACUCACAAGCUUAUGUACGCAACAAGAUAAAAGCUUGUGAAGAAGCUGGAAUCAAGUCACUGAUGACUGAACUGCCUGACAAUUGUAAAGAAGAUGAAGUUCUGAAUGCUUUGUCAAGACUUAACAUGGAGCCAUCAGUUCAUGGUAUUCUUGUGCAACUUCCUCUUCCACAACAUUUAAAUGUGGGGAAAAUUUUGGAUUUGCUGAGCUUAGAAAAAGAUGUGGAUGGCUUCCAUCCACUUAAUAUGGGAAAUCUCGCCAUGAGAGGACGGGAGCCUUUAUUCAUUCCCUGCACUCCAAAGGGUUGCAUUGAGUUAUUGAUUAGGUCUGGUCUGGAAAUCAUGGGGAAGAAAGCUGUGGUGAUUGGAAGAAGUAAUGUAGUUGGAUUGCCUGCAUCCUUGCUAUUGCAGAGGCACCAUGCAACUGUCAGCAUCGUACAUGCAUUUACCAGGAACCCAGAACAGAUCACCUGUGAAGCUGACAUUGUGGUUGCAGCAGCAGGAGUGCCUAAUCUGGUCCGUGGCAAUUGGCUAAAGCCGGGUGCAGUUGUUAUAGAUGUGGGGACAAAUCCAAUUGAGGACCCUGGCUGUGAGCAUGGUUACCGUUUAACAGGAGAUGUUUGCUUUGAAGAAGCAGUGAGGGUAGCAUCAGCCAUCACCCCUGUGCCUGGAGGAGUUGGGCCGAUGACAAUUGCCAUGCUUCUGUCCAACACUCUCGACUCUGCCAAACGUGCGUACGACUUCCCUUGACCUCUAAUGUACUAUAUAGUAAAAUUUUACGUUGUCUUAACAUGGCUUUCUUACCAUGUUUGUAGUCCUUAACGUUGAUUCUUUAUUGCAACUUAAAUGUUUUUCGA